AUGUCUAUAAAUGACUUGGAAGGAGAUUCAGGGGGAAAAUUGGAGGUCUUGGAUGUGGACGCGAACAUGAAGAUGCCCUACUUCCUGUUGGCCAUCUGGUUUGUCCAGAAAGUUGUCUUCAAACAAACCUACCCACCUAGUUUUCACCCAGUAACAGUCUUCACGCACGCAUUGUCCAAUUUGCCAGUCAUCCAACAAAACCUUUACUUUCUUGCAUUGAAAGGAUGGGUCCAGCUUUGCUCUCUUGAUUUUGAGCUCUCUGGUGAAAGGAUGGAGGGGAACUCAGUUUUUACGAACCUUUUGAGCUUUUCGGUUGAAAGGAUUGUAGACAAGAGGAAGAACAAGAAAGGAAAAUGGGAGUAUCUUAUCCGAUGGAAAGGCUACGGGAGCACAGAGGACACGUGGGAGCCAGAGCACCAUCUCUUGCACUGUGAGGAGUUUAUCGAUGAGUUCAAUGGACUGCAUGUGUCCAAGGACAAGAGGAUCAAGUCAGGGAAGCAGUCCAGCACCUCCAAGCUGCUGCGUGAUGGCCGCGGUCCGUCGGUUGAGAAACUCUCCCAUAGACCUUCAGAACCUGGGAAGAGCAAAGGAGCCUCCCAUAAACGGAAACGAAUCAACCCUCCCCUGGCCAAGCUGAAGAAAGGGUAUUCAGGCAAGACCCCCACGGGAGGUGACAGAGCUGCCAAAACAGUGUCUUACAGGACUACCCCUAGUGGUUUGCAAAUAAUGCCCCUGAAGAAGGCUCAGAACGGGAUGGAAAAUGGGGACACUGGCUCCGAGAAGGAUGAGAGGCACUUUGGAAAUGGGUCCCAUCAGUCUGGCUUGGAUUUGAAUGACCAUGUUGGAGAGCAAGAUGUGGGUGAAUGUGAUGUGAACCACACUGCGCUGGCAGAGAAUGGGCUCAGCUCUACUAUGGCCAACGGGGGAUUGAACCUGCACAGCCCGGUGAAGAGGAAGCUGGAAACGGAAAAGGAUUAUGUCUUUGACAAAAGGCUCAGGUACAGCGUCCGCCAGAAUGAAAGCAACUGUCGGUUUCGAGACAUUGUCGUGCGGAAAGAAGAGGGCUUCACUCACAUCCUACUGUCCAGUCAGACCUCGGAUAACAACGCACUGACUCCCGAGAUCAUGAAAGAAGUCCGGCGAGCGCUCUGCAACGCGGCCACGGAUGACAGCAAGCUGCUGCUGCUCAGCGCAGUGGGGAGCGUGUUCUGCAGCGGCCUGGAUUACUCCUACCUAAUUGGCCGACUGUCCAAUGACCGGCGGAAGGAGAGCACUCGGAUUGCAGAAGCCAUCAGGGACUUUGUGAAGGCCUUUAUCCAGUUUAAGAAGCCCAUCGUGGUGGCCAUCAACGGACCAGCACUGGGUCUGGGCGCCUCCAUCCUGCCCCUCUGUGACAUCGUGUGGGCCAGCGAGAAGGCAUGGUUCCAGACGCCCUAUGCCACCAUCCGCCUCACGCCUGCUGGCUGCUCCUCCUACACCUUCCCCCAGAUUCUGGGCGUCGCACUGGCCAACGAGAUGCUGUUCUGCGGGCGGAAGCUCACUGCCCAGGAGGCCUGCAGCAGGGGGCUGGUGUCCCAGGUCUUCUGGCCCACCACAUUUAGCCAGGAGGUCAUGCUGCGGGUCAAGGAGAUGGCGUCCUGCAGCGCCGUGGUGUUGGAGGAAUCCAAAUGCCUCGUUCGGAGCUUCCUGAAAUCAGUGCUUGAAGAUGUGAAUGAGAAGGAAUGUGUCAUGCUCAAGCAACUCUGGAGUUCCUCCAAAGGCCUGGAUUCCCUUUUCAGCUACCUGCAGGACAAAAUUUAUGAAGUCUGAGGGGCUCCGGCUCACCCACUCCAGUGCUCACAGGCACCCAACUUCCAGCUCUGCCCUGUGUUUUGGAAAUUGGAGCGUAGUAUCUGCCCUGGCCAAGGAGUGUGUCAAGGAGUCUCUUUAUACCUAGGGUUGUGUUCAUUUCCUUGUGUCCUUUGGUUGCUCCUCAUUGGUUUGAUUUUGUGUAACAGGUAGGAAACGCAGCAUACUUGGCCUCCCCCCAGGUCCCCCCUGCCUCCCCCACUGGCCAGAGAGCUCCAUCUUCCCAGGGCUCCACCAGGCACCACAGCCCAUUCCCCACUUGCUGAAAUGCACCAUCCUGGUCCAGGAAGGGGAAGACCACUUCCCCCAUCCUUCUGACUCAGGCUGUGUCUACACAGUGCCUCUGAUUUGGAGACUUGGCCAUCCUGGCUCUCUCUGGUUACAUUUAGAUUGGGUGCCAGAGGAACGAUCAGUCUUAGGGAAUUUCCAGACCGAUGAAUAAAACAAUUGCAUACACCCGGCUUCAGUCUCCUCUCUGAUGCAAAUCUGUGUGACUAUUAGGGCUUGGUCUUAAAACCCAAUUGAGUGAUUUACAAACCCAGAUAUUGUACAUUUAGAAGUGUUUUGUUAAAUAUAUAUUUUUAAAACAAUGUAAGUGGAGAUUCUGAUAAUUUAUGUGUAUUAUAUGUAGAGUUAGUUUUGCAAAAAUCUGAACUACUAGGAAAAUGUCUUUUCUUUAAUCGGACUUAUUUUAUUUAUUUAUUUGUGUUUAUAUAUUGUGAUGUCUGUUGUUCACACAGAUACUAUUUUCAUACUGCCCUGGACCAAAUCCCACACCAGAUUCAUGCCGUUUGGUGCAUUCUAGUAAGGAACCACGUAGAAAUAAGAUUCAGAGAGAUGAAAACAGAAGAAUUUCUGCAGAUAAUCAGAAUAGCUGUGCACCAGAUCCUCUGUGUGUAAAAUGGUUCUCAGUUGUAAUAAUAUAAUGCUAGUUCUUUAGGUUUGUCCUUAGGAGAAAUAAUGGGAGAGUUCUCUCUCUACUCUGCUGUCUUUACGGAGCUUAAGGGACCUCUCAGCCUGAAUAGUCCUGAAAUAGACCCAGUCCCUAAUUGUGUGAUGUCAGGAAAGGAAAGGGGAAUAAACCUCACCUGGGGGUAGCAUAUUGUGUAGAGUAUGACCUUUUUCUUUGGGGCAAAUGACCGAACUUGGAUUUCAGAAUUCAUUGCUUCCAUGUGGUCAGGGAUUUCUGGUUUUGGCUUUCUAGGGGCAUGGGAGAGAAUUCCCGCUCUGUUGAGCUUUUUGGAGAAGGUCUAAAUCUUUUCAUCUCCAGAAGCCUGAAUGGCCUAUCUUUUUUUUUUUUUUUUCUAGUUGUUUACUCAUGUAAGGGAA